CCGCCCUUUUUGCUUUCACUUUUGGUCUACGUAUUCGUCGCUUGUGGAAUUUUAAAAAAAGAAGAAGUAUUACAAUAUUAUUGUACACCUAUUUCUUGAUCAAUGGGUUUUUGGUAAACCGGUGCUAGUAGAUAGUGAAGUUGGGUCAGAGGGGAUUUCUGUUUAAAUGCGUCAGCGGGUACUUCCCCGAAGCGGGUCUUGGCGCGUCAUGCUUUGCUCUUAUAUACAUAGUUCAAAUUCUUCUCUUCUGGUUGUUACUUUGAUGUCGACGGCAUGAGUUUUCAGGCAUUCCAUGUCGACAAAAGAUCAACUGUCAACCACUGCAUCCGUCCGCAUUGCCGUUAAAGACACUGGAUCACCAGCCUCUGCACUUCUCUUAACAAAAAAAACGAUGGCUCUUCCGGACCAAUUUCAACUUCAAGCCAUUCAACAAACCGCCGAGGCUCUGGACGGCCGUGAACGCAGCAGGCUCUUCUACCUGUGUGGCGUCACAGACGUGGACAACACAGCGGGGUGCGUGGAGGACGUGCUGAAGUCCAGGGUGAUCCGCCACCAGGGGGAGGACCAGUUCCUCCCAGAGCUGUUGCUGCAGUUGGGACGUUUUGAUAUCUUGAAGGAGGUGUAUAAAACCAGCAGGGACGAAGUGGAGAAGGCUUUGACUCACAGGAGGGUUCUGCCAAGUUUCAAAGUGUUGAUGGCUAACAUAAAUGAGGAUAUGGCCAAAGAAGAUCUGAACAGUGUGAAAUUCCUGUUGGGCCAAACGUUGUCCCGUGAGAAGAUGGAAAAUGCACAGAGUUUCCUUGAUGUGAUCAUUGAGCUUGAGAAGCUGGACAUAGUUUCACCUGGAAGAGUCGACUUGGUUGAAGAAUGUUUGAGAAAUAUUGGGAGGGUCGACCUUGCCAAAAAAGUGACUGCAUACAAGAUGUCGGCUGUGCCAUCUGAAGGGCAUUCGUCUCCACAGCAGAGACACAGAGCUCCCUGUCCUUCCCCCACUCCAAAUUGUUCCCCUUGUCUACAGCAAACGUUACGAGCACACCCCAUCCACAUAGCCACAGAAAACUUAACGGCGCCUGUCUACAGUGAGCAGAGUCAAAUGGAGUUCUACAAAUGUAACACUAAUCCCAGAGGAGUUUGUGUUAUCAUAGACUGCGUGGGAAAUGAUGGAGACUCGCUGAAACAGACAUUCACGGCUCUUCACUUCAACGUGGUCCUGCACAAAUGGCUGAGUGCAGCCGACGCUCUCUCGGUUCUCGGAGAGGUAUUCAGACGGAGGGAGAACCUCGCAGGCGACUGCUUCGUCUGCUGCAUCAUCAGCCGCGGUACGGGCAACCAUCUCCUGGGUACGGACUCCUACGGCGCAGGUCUGCAUCUGGACGACGUCAGGCGCCUCUUCAAUGCAGAUGCAUGUCCCGUGCUGGCCGGUAAGCCCAAGCUCUUCCUCAUCCAGAGGUACGACAUCCUUGAGAUUCCGCCCCGUGCCGGCACGCAGCACCGGGAUGAGGAUCUGGAGACGGACGGGUGCUUCGGACUGUCCAGGUGCGAUUUGGUCCCGACGGAUGCAGAUGUGUUCUGGAGCCACUGCUGGACGGGUGAACAGCAACUGGUGCGGGGAGACCAUCGCUCUGUUUACCUGCAGGUCCUGAGAGACGCUCUGCACAAAGGUCAAAGGAGGAAAACGCACCUUGUGGAUGUUCAUACCGAGGUGAAUGCGGCCAUCUUUGAACAUAACAGGAGGAAUCCUGGAGCAACUUACCACAUCGAGCUGAAACAUACUUUAAGGAAAGAGCUUUACUUACAAUAGUGUAUUCAUCACUAUGAUAUAACGCUUAAUCACCAUCAGCGACAUAUUUACAUAUACCAUAUUACUUGCCUGUGAAGAACAUACAUAUAUUUUUUUUUACUGUGCAUGCAGUGACACCUGCUGGUUGUAGAAACCUUAAACACUUUUGCAGCUUGUUUUGAUAUAUAUUUAUUUCAUGUUUGAAAGUAACUUUUUUCAAUAUGUUUCAUAACAAAUAUACAGGCUAGACAAAUACUCAUCACCCAUCUAACCCAAAUGGCAGAACACCCAAUCAGAGCCUCGCAAUAGAUUAAUGCAAGACAAAAAAGAAGAUUAAUACAAGAGACUAUACAGACUCUGUAUAUUUUAAUCAUACACAAUGGUCAUCUCAUCAAAUGUAAUUGAUUUAUUUUUUUUAAGCAUUAAUCUGAAUUGCCUUUGAAAUGCCUCUUCCAGUGCAGCUUAAACGAGGUUGUAGUACCUCUUAGUAUUUAAUUAUUGUUAUUAUACUUAUAAGUAAGUAAUGUAAUGUGAAUUGGUUAAAUUAAGUACAUCUAUUGCUCUACUAUUAUUGUUAUACCUGUUUUUUUUAAUUUUCUAUAUUUUCUUAACUUUGAAUGGAUUGUCUUCAUUUUGUUACUUAUUUGCUACCAAAACCGAAGGAUUUAUAAUGUGCAUUCUGAGUUUGACUUUGAUCUUUGUUCUUUUGUUUGAAAUAUUUAUAUUUCAUACCAAUAUUGAUGUUGGCUAAAUUGUAAUAAAGUUACUGGAAAUAAAUAACUAAUACGUUUGAG